AUGAAGCGCAAGUUUGAUCCGUCCGUGCAGCUCAUCCGGGUGUGGCAACUGUCGGGAGAAGAACUGGCUGCUAUACCCGUGGAAGAGUUGCGUGACGUGGAGUCUUUGAAGCUGCAUCUGCAGCGGACUUGUGAGCUGCCCCCGAGGUUUCGGCAGAAGCUUUUGCACGACGGUGUAGCACUCGAAGAUGACAUGGUGCUGGAUUCUCCUAAAGAUGUCAGCCUGGUUGUUCUUCCCUUGCUUCGCCCUACUGCCGAACAAGCUGAUGAACUCCUUGAGGCUGUUCGCAUGGAAGAAGUAUCUGGUAUCGAGGAAAUCUUGAAUCGAGCCCAGGAUCCAAAUGCAGCCGGCACUCAGGGUGAAACCCCUCUGUGCGUGGCAGCUAAACUUGGCUAUGCUGAGAUUGCGGAGCUUUUGUUGGAGGCAGGGGCCGACAAGGAUAAACCCAGCCUGGUGUUGCGGCACUACAGCUAUGACGCUACUACGCCUCUCGGUGUAGCAUGUCAGAAUGGUCAUACGGACAUGGUACGCUUGAUGCUGGAAUUCAGCGCCAGUGUCCAAAAGAAAAGCGCUGGGAUUCUUCCCCUGAGCUGGGCAUCUGCAAAAGGAAAGCCUGAAAUUGUACGGCUGCUGCUGGAUGCAAGGGCCGACGCAGGCAAGACCAGCGCUGGAGGGAUGCCACCUAUUCACGUUGCAAUCCUUGUCGACGAUGUGGAGACGACCCGUAUGCUUCUAGAGAGCAGAGCUGACGUGGAAGAGCACGGCGAGCACGGCCUUACUGCUCUUGGCUUGGCAGCCUGGUGCCGGCAUAGGGAUGUCAUGCGCUUGCUGCUGGAACAACGUGCAGAUGUGGAAAAGCGCUGCAGAGGAAAUCCUGUGAUAGACUUGGCCCCCUGGUCUGACGACUUGCUGUCACCAGGAGGGCCACCUCCACGUGAGAUUUCAAACUGGGAUUCUGUUCAAAUGUGCAGGGAGAUGAUGCUGGAAAGCCAGGACUAUGCACGGCGCCUGCGGGAGUCGUAUCGUCGCUGA